CAAGGACUCAAAACUCCUAAGUUACACUGAAUAAUUUAGAAAUGAGUUUUACUAUAUAAUAACUCAUCUUCAAAGUUUUACAAAUGAGUUUGAAUAAGAAUUUAAUUGAAAACAUAUGUGAAACGAUUGGAUCUUGUACUCAGAAGAAAGAAAAAUAAAGGAAUUCAGAAUCAGAUAAAAAUGUGCUUAAUGGGCCCUGAUGAGUGAUGACGCAGCCACAAUCAAACGGCCUAGUAAAAUACUUAAAAAACUCGCAAGCAAAAGUCUGGCUAUUUUUCUGUUUCUGGCGACGAAAGGUUUUGAAGCAUUAUGGCCUUUGCAGCAAUGGCCGCAAUGACAGCGAGGCCAAUAUCCUCAAUUACAUUACUAACAAGGCGAAGACCCAAAUGGGUUUUCACUUCUUCGGCUUCUUCUUCUUUUUCUUCUUCUCCAAUAAAAACAAGAACUUUGGUUCUUUACUCGAAACCUGGAUGCUGUUUAUGUGAUGGUCUCAAAGAGAAGCUUCAAGCUGCUUUCUUGCUUUCUGGUCCUCAUUCUCUUCACGAUGUCGUUUUGCAGGUAAGGGAUAUUACUAGCAAUCCUGAUUGGGAAAAAGCUUAUCAAUAUGAGAUACCUGUUUUGGCUAAAGUACUUGCUGAUGGUACUGAGGAAACCCUUCCUAGAAUAUCUCCCCGACUUGGAGUGGAACACAUCCAAAAGAAGAUAGCAGCUGCUUUGACAUAAGCUUGCAUUGUCAUCGAAAGUCUAGAUUGUGUAACUCGUGAGUUUAAAGUUCUGUUGAGAAAAACACAUUUUUGUUACAUUUUAUCUUCAAGUGAUUUCUGGGAUGAAACUAUUCAAAACUCAUUACUUUUUCUUCUGCUAUGUAAUGUUCCACCACAUUUUAUUUAUUCCUAUACAAGAAAAUUUCAUCAACAAA